UUGUCGCCCGCGCCUGCGCACACGCUGCCACCGCGUCGCCUUGCGCCCGGUCAACGUCGCUCGCAUGCCCCGUCGCCUCGACUGCCACAGGCGCCGCCUCGCUCUGACCCCCAAUCUUCUCGGGACUGCGCACUGGACCGCUCGCGGAUCGGGCCGCACGCUCUCUGACCCCCAAGCGAGAAAAUACGGAGGAGCUUCCCUGGGCGGACGCGCCCGCCGCCGCGCUGCCCGGCCUGCUGCCCUCGAGUAGACAUCGUGUCGCAUCGCUCAGGAUGUGCCUGGUCUUUGCCAGCUUGCUGCGCAGGUCCGACACCGGAGCUGACGCAGCGGUGGCGCUGGCGCCGGGCCCGCCGGUCGUGGCCUGCGGCCGCUUCCGGGACUCGGAGGAGGCCGAGGAGGGCCACGAAGGGCCGUCGUCGAACCAGCCCGCGCCAGAGCUGGCGGUCGCGAGGGGCGGCUCAUGCGAUGGCUGCGGUGGCUCGCGCGGUGGCUGCGGCGGAGGGCGGGUGGGAGAGUGCGGCGGCGCGGCGCAGCGUUGUCUCGGCCGCGAGCACUUGCGGCAGCUCUCCCGCGACGUCCAGUUCUUGGUCGAGCAGCCUGCACACGUCCAAUACUCCUGCUCAUUGGCCGCCCUGCGGCAAUGCUGCCCCCCUCCGCCGCCGCCCCAGCCCGUAGCCUGGUCGGUGGCGCCGCCGUAGCCGCCUCCACCGGUGUAGAAGGAGCCCGAGCCGUCACCAGCACUGAGGUUGCCCCAUCC